ACACGUGGCAGCUGCAGCUCCUGCACUUCUGCCUCUUCCUGGCCAUCUCCCUGGCUGCCCUCCUGGGCAACGGCCUCAUCAUCAGCGCCGUAGCCUGCUGCCACCACCUGCACACCCCCAUGUUCUUCUUCUUGUUCAACCUGGCCCUCACUGACCUGGGCUGCAUCUGCACCACUGUCCCCAAAGCCAUGCACAAUUCCCUUUGGGACAACAGGAACAUCUCCUAUGCUGGAUGUGCUGCUCAGGUCUUUUUCUUUCUGUUCUUCAUCUUAGCAGAUUAUUUUAUCCUGACCAUCAUGUGUUACGACCGCUACGUGUCCAUCUGCAAACCCCUGCACUACGGGACCCUCCUGGGCAGCAGAGCUUGUGCCCACAUGGCAGCAACUGCCUGGGCCAGUGCCUUUCUCAAUGCUCUGCUGCACACGGCCAAUACAUUUUCCCUGCCCCUUUGCCAAGGCAAUGACCUUGGCCAGUUCUUCUGUCAAGUUCCACAGAUCUUCAAGCUCUCCUGCUCCAAUUCCUACACUAGGGAACUUGGGUUUCUUAUAGGUAGUGUAUUUCUUUUGUUUGGUUUUUUUGUGUUCACUGUUUUCUCCUAUGUGCAGAUCUUCAGGGCUGUGCUGAGGAUCCCCUCUGAGCAGGGACAGCACAAAGCCUUUUCCACCUGCCUCCCUCACCUGGCUGUGGUCUCUCUGGUUAUCAGCACCUCAUUUUUUACCUACCUUAAGCCACUUUCAGUGUCUUUCCCAUCCCUGGAUCUGUCCCUGUCAGUUCUCUACUCAGUAAUACCACCAGCACUCAACCCCCUCAUCUACAGCUUGAGGAGCCAGGAGCUCAAGGAUGCCUUGAGGAAAAAGGUGACUGAACAAUGGUCUCCAGAAGGCAGUGACUGCCCACUUCUUACUGUGAAUGGCUUCCAGUUCAUAUCGUGA